CCAAAGAUGGAGGUUGAGAAAAAGUUGUCGUUGCGUUCCACGACGAAGACGAAUUGCGUAUCGAAGACAGCAUUUAACCAAACGAAAGCUGGUAAAUGCCAACGUCCUAGUGGACCGCUUCAUCGCAAUCCAUAUUUGAAUUUUCUACGCGAAUUUCGUCAGCGCAAUUGCGGUCUCUCAGCUGUGGAAAUCAUACGACGCGGCGCUAAGGAAUGGAAUAAUAUGGCAAAAGAGAGCAAAUUGCGGUAUAUUGAAGAGGCUUUUUAUGCACCAAAGAAAAGAAAACUACCGCUACCGCCGCCACAGAAGCAAGAGCAGCAGCAGUGGCAGCAGCAGCAGCAACAACAGCAGCAGAAGCAACAGCAGCAGCAAGUGAUAAAGCCGACACAAAUGCGGGUGGUGUCAUAUGCGAAAGAUUGCGGCAUAGUGUGCCCUAGGGCAAAUGAUGGUUGUAAAAAACGCCGCAAGAGGCGAAUGGCUAAAUGUGGACGCAAAAGGCGGCCAAAGAUGAGUUGCGCCAAGAAACGACGACCGAGGCGCCGUGCUUGUCGAAGGAAAAAGAGGCGAAGUUGCAGAGUCUAG